AUGUCGGACUACUAUGUUGGACCCUUCGGCCGUAUGUUACCUGUCGAUGGUUCAGCCCCGGAGCGCGACCAAGACCGCCCAGCUAACUUGCCAGCGCCGACAACCCAUCCAUACCAGCUUCCACCCCCACGGACGUCAGGGCCUUUACCGUUUCUGGAUGUGUUUCCUCGCCAGCGAGAGCCGGGAGAGAGAAGCGAUUCCGGAGUGGGAUUGUACCCCAAGGACGCGGUUCCGCAACCGAAUGGGAAUAAGCAGCUCCCUUCGGUUAGCCAGCUGCUGAUUCCUCCGUCUCAUUCAAGUCCACCAUCUCCUUACCAACCACAGACCUAUAGGUCGCCCACGCCCAACACCGAGUUUCGUGAAUCUCCACACUCGCUCCGUCCAAAUGAUAUUGGAUUUGGCUCCAGGUUACCCCUGGGCGCUAUGCACGACCGGGUCAAAGGGCAUUCGGAUCCCUUUCCACGAAGGCCGUCUGGAAAUCUACCCCCAAUCACCCACGUGUCCAGUCAUAGCCAGGAUUUCGAAACACCACCACAUCAUGCAAUGCUCGGCAGCUCGCCGAUCCAAUCAUAUCAACAUGGCCCGCUUGCAUACAAUGGUGUCAUGUUUCACGACCAGGGACCCCGUGGAGAAAUGUCCUCGGCAGAGGGCACGUCGGGAAUCGUAACUCCGACUCGGUCUCAGGUGCCCCGGGUGCGCCCCCACGUGGUUGACGAGAGGUACAUUGAUGGAGAGGGCUUGUGUUACAUCUACGCGGAUGGAACACAUUGCCCUAAACUCAUUGAUGGCGUACAUGUCAACGCGAAUUGGGGUAUCACCAAAGCGGGAAAGCCGAGGAAGCGGUUGGCACAGGCAUGUUUGACAUGCAGAGAGAAGAAAAUCAAGUGCCAGCCAAACCUUCCCAAAUGUGACCAAUGUCAAAAGUCUGGGAGGGAGUGCAGAUUCGAGAGCGCGCCUCGCGGCAAUCGCACAGCUAUGAAAGCCUCUCACCUUGCAGGUCGAUACGAUUCGCGAGACGGUGUUUCCCCUAGCAGUUAUACGCCUUCCGGCCCUUCUAGUUCGAUAUACUCCGCUGUACCAGCUUCAGAAAGCUCAACAUCACUCCCGGGUACCAACGGCCAGUCCCCUAUAUCAGACGGCUCAAUAGUUGCACCUUUUGCCGGAGAUGGUGCUCAGGAAAGGAUGGACGUUGAACAAUCAUACAAAACAAGGUUUCCAGGGCUGAGCGGGUCCUCUGCGUUUGACGAUUCCUCAAAACGCCCCAUGGAUGAAGCCCAUGUAUCACCCGACUACGCAGAGAUUUUGAUGGAAGUAAAGGACAUCGGCCACGAAAAUCCACUCGUAAACGACUGGAAUACGGAUCCCUAUGAAGCCGACCCUGAAUCAACGAUGCAUUAUAUUGAAAGCUACUUCACACAUGUGAAUGGUGGUCUUCAUUACAUGUUCCCCAAGGGGCGGUUCUUUCUGUGGCUUAAAUCCUGCCAGACGAAAUCGCUGAGCGACAAGAUGCUGCUUUAUUGGAUGAUGACCCUGGGGACUGUUUUCUCACAUCGUCCAGACCGAUUAAUGGCUCUCAAGAGGUAUUCGCGAACGGCUCGGUAUGCAGUGGAGCAUUACCAUCACGGUCCAUCCCUGCAACUCGCCCAAAGCCGACUUAUAAUGAGUCUUUGGUAUUAUGCUAUAGGCGCACCGGUUGAGUGCUGGGAUUCUGUGGGCGCAGCAGUUCGAACAGUCUGCGGGCUGCGAUAUAACGUUGAAUUGGGCGGAGUUUUCGUGGAGCCAACCCGAGUAUGCGAGUACGGAUUGCAUCCCCAGGCGUUGAUUGAGUGUCGACGUCGGACUUUCUGGGUUGCUUUCUUGAUGGAUCGCUUCUCGGGUUUCCACUCACCAUCCCCGACCUUUAUUUCUUCUCAAAUGAUUCUUCUCCGACUGCCUUGUCGAGAAGAGAUUUAUGAGGCACAGCAGUAUGCGACAGUGCCCUACUAUCAAGGCACUUUUGACCACGCACAAACGUCAUCGGACGAUGGCCUGUCAUCUCUGAGUCCAAUGGCAUUUUUAGUAGAGAUCGCCUCUCUCUUGGGCGAAGUUUCGCACAAUAUUUUCCGAUUAUCCCUUAACUCGAGCGAGACCUACGGCAGAUUGUUCGAUGAAUUUUAUAUGACAGUCGCUCAACGGUCGAACGAGUGGGCCGCAAAACUCCCCGACCAUCUGAAAUCCACGGCCACGAACCUGGAGACAAGUAUCCGAGCGAAGAAAGCGGAUACGUUCAUGUCCAUCCAUUUGAUACACCAUGCUACGCUGAUGAAAUUAAACCGACAUGUCCGAUAUCUGGAUCUUCCACCUGGCACGGUGGACCAAUACGUCCGUCGAGCCAGACACCACGCAGUAGAGAUCCUCCAGAUGUCUGUCGCCUUGAAUCGGUAUGCCUCAGACUACGAGUCCGCACGACUUGCCAUGGAACCAACACCCCCGAAAACGACAAUGCUGAACCCCUUCCUGGGCUAUGUGAUUCUGUCUGCAGUGGAUGUCGUCAGUGCCGGGGGCCUAAUAGGCGACCUGCCCGAGAGCAUCAGCCUCAUCAAAGGUAGCUUGGAUCCAGUCCGGGAUCUAGGCCGUAUCUGGGACGGUGCGUUGUCUGUUGUCUCCCUGAUUGAAACCCGAGUCGACGCCAUGGUCGAGUAUCUGAAUCAUCGGGCGAACUUCGAGGACAAGAUCGGAUUUACCAUGGACAGUCCUUCACUGGAUAGGCAAGUCAGCGCCGGCGUCUCAAAGUACCGUCCUCGUCAACCGGGUUCCGAAGACGAAGACCUCAUGUAUGGUCUACCCCGGGAUCGGUUCUUCAGAGCCUUGGGGGUCGACUUGGCCUUUUCCGAAGACCAUAUCCUCUGGUUCAAAGAAGAUCAUUAG